AUGGCCCGGGGAUGCGUGGGACACUGCGCGCUCUCCUUCUACCUGGCUUUGCUCUUUGACGCCGCGGGGCUGACGGUGCUGCUGGUGGGGAUCUUCGGCCAGCUGACACGGGACGGACGCUUCUACGGGGACUUCCUCAUCUACACGGGCUCCCUCAUCAUCUUCCUCAGCCUGGUGUGGUGGCUGCUCUGGUAUACGGGGAACGUGGGGAUGUCCAGGGGCCCCAAAGUGCGCUGGGGCUCCGGGGCCAGUGGCAUCAGCUUUACGCACUGGGCUCGGAAGAUGUCCCAGAGACUGUCUGUGGUGAGCGUGGAGCAGAAGAAAAAGUGCGGAGUGGAGAGCGGAGUGGGCUGCGAGGAGAAGCGCGCCUCUGGGCAUGAGAAUAAAGGCUUUGAGGGGUCUCCGGAGGGGGGUCGGGUGGAGCGGGAGGAGGAGGAGGCCGGGCGGAGGAGCGUGGAGCUGGGCGUGAUGCGGGAAGUGGAGUCCUCGAACGGGAUGAAGCUCCAGGACAGAGAGGAGAGGCUGCUCUGA